CUUUUAAAAAUCUUGUCUGCCAUUUUGAGCCGUCUCGAGAGGGGUGUCUUUUCUCUCGAAUCUGUGGCGAUUUCCAACUUAUGUCGACUCUAAAACCUACUCUUGAUAGUUUUGAAAGACAGAAAAAAAUAUUAUGGACCCGAGAAGCACUGAGAUUCCUGUGGACGAGCUGCCAACUGUGCACCCUGGGAACGAGACAAGCAGCAGCGAGCACCGGGUAACAGACACUGGAGGACAGCAGGACAAGGAAGAGGACAUUCUAUCGGAGGAAACGUACGGGGUAAACUCUGUCCAUCCUCCCGUUCAGAGUCAAACAGAGCAGACAGACGGGCCUGCGGUGAAAGAUACUGUAGACAAACGCUACAAAUGUGACCAGUGUGACUAUUCUACUGCAUAUAAGUGCAAUUUAGACUCACACGUGGCUAAACACACCGGAGAAAAACCCUACAUGUGUGGGGAGUGCGGAUACAGGACAGCUUACAGGUCUAACCUAACCGUGCAUAUGAGAAAACAUACAGGGCAAAGGCCCUUCAAAUGUGACCAGUGCGACUAUUCUGCUUCACUCAAGGCUACUUUAAUCAAACACAUUGCCACACACACCUCAGAAAAACGCUUCAAAUGUGGCCAAUGUGACUAUUCUGCUGUACAGAAAGAUAUUUUAGACCGACACGUGGCUAAACACACUGGAGACAAACCCUACAUGGGUGGGGAGUGCGAUUACGGGACAGUUAGAAGUCUGCCUUAUUCAGGCAUAUGAAAAAGCAUACUGGGGAAAGACCCUACAAAUGUGACCAGUGUUCCUUUUCUGCUGUACAGAAAUGCAGCUUAGAUCGGCACAUGGCUACACACACUGGAGACAAACCCUACA